GGGCAGGGCCGGGCCGGGCUGGGCUGGGCUGGGCACGGCGGAGCGCCCCGGCGGUGGGCACGGCAGCAGCGCAGCCCCUUCCCAGCCCAGAACCCCGUCGGUCGCCGCGGAAGAGACCGCGUCAGCCCCGCGGCUUCGGCCAUGAGGUCGGGGCGGAGAGGCGGCACCUGUGCGGGGAGGUGAGCGGAGCAUCGGCACCUUCCUUCUACCCGGGCAGUCCCAGCGGCGAGCGAAGAGGAAGGGCGGAGGAAGGGAAGGGAAUUUUUAUUAAUAUUUUUUAAAGAAUCUAGCUAUAUAUUUUGGUGUGAUCAAUCCCGACCCCGCAACAGAAGCCCCCGGAGGGAGAAGUGCUGCGCGCUGUGAUGCGUCUUCCUCUCGUCUCGGCUGCCAGAUUGGAUUGUAGCACCCGGCUCCGUGCGCUGAAAGAAUGGCUCGGUUCGGGGAUGAUCUACCAACACGCUAUGGAGGUGGAGGGCCGGCCGGGGCUGGAAGAGGGAGCAGCCGGCAAGGUGGCCCCCAAGCCGGCCAAAGGAUGUAUAAGCAGUCGAUGGCUCAGAGGGCCCGGACUAUGGCUCUCUACAACCCCAUCCCUGUCAAACAGAACUGCUUCACAGUCAACAGAUCCCUCUUCAUCUUCAGUGAAGAUAAUGUUAUACGGAAAUAUGCCAAGAGAAUAACAGAAUGGCCUCCAUUUGAAUACAUGAUUUUAGCUACAAUCAUAGCCAAUUGUAUUGUGCUGGCUCUGGAACAACAUUUGCCGGAUGGAGACAAGACACCUAUGUCAGAGAGAUUGGAUGACACUGAGCCGUACUUUAUUGGAAUAUUUUGUUUUGAAGCUGGUAUAAAGAUCAUCGCUCUGGGGUUUGUUUUUCACAAGGGCUCUUAUCUCCGAAAUGGUUGGAACGUGAUGGAUUUUGUUGUGGUCCUCACAGGGAUUCUAGCAACUGCUGGGACCGACUUCGACCUGCGGACCCUGAGAGCUGUCCGUGUGCUGCGGCCGCUGAAGUUGGUGUCGGGAAUCCCAAGUCUGCAGGUUGUCCUCAAGUCCAUCAUGAAGGCGAUGGUCCCUCUGCUUCAGAUUGGGCUGCUCCUCUUCUUCGCCAUCGUGAUGUUUGCCAUCAUCGGGUUGGAGUUCUACAUGGGGAAGUUUCACAAAACCUGCUUCUCUAAUGAGACAGGUGAAGAGGUGGGAGAUUUUCCUUGCGGAGAGGAGCCUCCUGCCAGGCAAUGCGAGAGUGGGACCACCUGCAGGGAGUACUGGCAAGGGCCCAACUAUGGCAUCACCAACUUUGACAACAUCCUCUUUGCUGUGCUCACCGUCUUCCAGUGCAUCACCAUGGAGGGAUGGACCGACAUCCUCUACAAUACAAACGAUGCUGCAGGAAAUACCUGGAACUGGCUUUACUUCAUCCCUCUCAUCAUCAUCGGCUCUUUCUUCAUGCUGAACUUGGUGCUGGGUGUCCUAUCAGGUGAAUUUGCCAAAGAACGAGAGAGGGUAGAAAACCGUCGAGCUUUCCUGAAACUCCGUAGGCAACAGCAAAUAGAACGGGAGCUAAAUGGAUAUUUGGAGUGGAUCUUCAAAGCAGAGGAGGUCAUGCUGGCUGAGGAAGACAAGAACGCGGAAGAGAAAUCUCCUCUGGACGGGAGGGCCGCCUCGGAAGGGCCGAUUCAACAAGGCACGGCACCGGCAGAGACUAGCAGCGGCAGCAGCUACAACAUGUUGAAAAGAGCUGCAAUAAAGAAGAGCAAAAACGACCUGAUUCAUGCUGAAGAAGGUGAGGACCAUUUCACAGACAUUUGCUCCGUUGGGUCUCCUUUUGCCCGUGCCAGUUUGAAAAGUGGGAAGAAUGAGAGCUCAUCCUACUUCAGGAGGAAAGAGAAAAUGUUCCGCUUCUUCAUCCGGCGCAUGGUGAAAGCCCAGAGCUUCUACUGGAUUGUGCUCUGCGUGGUUGCCCUCAACACGCUCUGCGUCGCGAUGGUGCACUAUGAUCAGCCAGAGAAACUCACCACCGCGCUGUAUUUCGCCGAGUUUGUUUUUCUGGGUCUGUUCCUUACUGAGAUGUCUUUGAAGAUGUAUGGACUGGGGCCAAGAAAUUACUUUCAUUCCUCAUUCAACUGCUUUGACUUUGGGGUCAUUGUGGGGAGCAUCUUUGAAGUCAUCUGGGCUGCAGUGAAACCUGGUACCUCGUUUGGCAUCAGCGUGCUGAGAGCUCUGCGGCUGCUGAGGAUUUUCAAAGUCACCAAAUACUGGAACUCCCUGAGGAACCUCGUGGUCUCCUUGCUGAACUCCAUGAAGUCCAUCAUCAGUUUGCUCUUUCUGCUGUUCCUCUUCAUUGUGGUGUUUGCUCUGCUGGGGAUGCAGCUCUUUGGAGGGCAGUUCAAUUUUAGAGAUGAAACACCAACCACGAACUUCGAUACUUUUCCAGCUGCCAUCCUCACGGUGUUCCAGAUCCUGACUGGGGAGGACUGGAACGCAGUGAUGUACCAUGGCAUAGAGUCGCAGGGCGGUGUCCACUCGGGGAUGUUCUCCUCCAUUUACUUCAUCGUCCUGACGUUGUUUGGUAACUAUACACUCCUGAACGUCUUCUUGGCCAUCGCCGUUGACAAUCUGGCCAAUGCCCAAGAGCUGACCAAGGACGAGGAGGAGAUGGAGGAAGCCACCAAUCAGAAGCUCGCCCUGCAGAAGGCCAAGGAGGUAGCAGAAGUCAGCCCCAUGUCUGCAGCAAACAUUUCCAUAGCCGCUUUUGUAAAGCAAACUCGAGGUACUGUAUCUCGCAGCUCGUCAGUCUCCAGCGUAAAUUCACCCAAGCAGCAGAACUCCUCCAAAUCCAAGUCGGUUUGGGAGCAACGAACCAGCCAGAUCCGGAUGCACAACUUCCGAGCCAGCUGCGAGGCUCUGUACAAUGAACUGGACCCCGAGGAGCGGGUGCGCUACGCCACGACCCUACACAUCCGUCCAGACAUGAAGACCCACUUGGAUCGGCCACUGGUGGUAGAGCCAAGGGGUGAAGGGAGGAACAACAUCAGUAAGCUGAGCCCUGUGGAUGUGCAGGAGGUGGAGCAGACCAAAGUCAGCUCUACCGACGGAGCAGAAGCUCCGCGGAAGCAUCACCGGCAUCGGGAUAAGGAGAAACUGGGAGAGCAAGAGAAGGGUGAUGUGACCAAAGAUGAGAAUGGGGAAUCUGGCAUCAACAGUAAGGAGGAGAGGCACAGGCAGCACAGAAGCCGUAGCAAGGAGGUGGAAGGGGGCAGCAAGGAAGGGAAAAGUGACCGCAGCAGGGGCCAGGAAGGAGGGAAGAGGCACCAUCGCCGGGGGUCGGUGGAAGAAGGCGUUGAGAAGGAGCACCGGAGGCACCGCACGCACCGGCACUCUGCAGAACGGCAAGGCAAGGAGGGCAAUGGGACCAUCAACGGGGCCAGGAGUGAGCGGCGGACCCGCCACCGUGGAGGGUCGAGGUCUGGGAACCGGGAAGGAGAGCCUGGGUCCAAGGGCGAGAAUGGAGAGGAGCCUCACAGACGGCACCGGUUCAGGAGCAGGGCGCUGUCGACGUACGAUUCGGUGGAGAAGGAGAACAGGGAGAAGGAAGGGGAGACUGCUGAGAAGGAGCACCAGAAUCAUCAGCCCAAGGAGAAUCAGUGUGAGAUUGAGGCCAGUGGGAGUGUGAGCAUCCCGGUGCACACCCUUCCCAGCACCUAUCUGCAGAAAGUGCCAGAGCAGCCUGAAGAUGCUGACAACCAGAAGAACGUGACACGCAUGAUUCAGCCGCCUCUCGACAAAACCACCACUGUGAACAUCCCCGUCACCAUCACCGCCCCGCCAGGAGAAACCACCGUCAUACCUAUGAACAACGUUGAGUUCGAAAGUAAAACAGAAGAGAAGAAGGACGUUGAUGACUUGACGAAAAAUGGGCCUAAACCAAUCUUGCCUUACAGUUCCAUGUUCAUCCUAAGUCCUACGAACCCGAUCCGGCGUCUGUUCCACUACAUCGUCAACCUGCGCUACUUCGAGAUGGUCAUCCUCAUCGUCAUCGCUCUCAGCAGCAUUGCCCUGGCAGCAGAAGACCCCGUCCAAGCAGAAUCACCAAGGAACGAUGCUCUGAAGUACUUGGAUUAUAUAUUCACGGGUGUCUUUACCUUCGAGAUGGUGAUCAAGAUGAUUGACCUGGGGCUGUUACUUCACCCUGGCUCCUAUUUCCGUGACCUGUGGAACAUCUUGGACUUCAUUGUGGUCAGUGGGGCCUUGGUGGCAUUUGCUUUCUCGAGUUUCAUGGGAGGAACCAAAGGCAAGGACAUCAACACGAUCAAGUCGCUGCGGGUUCUGCGGGUCCUACGACCACUGAAGACCAUUAAACGGCUGCCAAAACUAAAGGCUGUCUUUGACUGCGUGGUGAAUUCCCUGAAGAACGUCCUCAACAUCCUCAUUGUCUAUAUGCUCUUCAUGUUCAUCUUUGCUGUCAUUGCUGUGCAGCUCUUCAAAGGCAGAUUCUUCUACUGCACUGAUGAGUCGAAAGAGCUGGAGAAGGAUUGCAGGGGACAAUACCUUGACUAUGAAAAAAAUGAGGUGGAGGCGCAACCCAGGGAAUGGAAAAAAUAUGAGUUCCAUUACGACAAUGUGCUGUGGGCUCUGCUGACGCUUUUCACUGUCUCCACAGGAGAAGGGUGGCCAACUGUGCUGAAGCACUCAGUGGAUGCUACCUACGAGGAACAGGGUCCCAGCCCUGGCUACCGAAUGGAAAUGUCUAUCUUUUACGUGGUGUAUUUUGUUGUCUUCCCUUUUUUCUUUGUGAACAUCUUUGUGGCGUUAAUCAUAAUCACCUUCCAAGAGCAAGGAGAUAAAGUGAUGUCAGAAUGCAGCCUAGAGAAAAAUGAGAGGGCCUGCAUUGACUUCGCCAUAAGUGCCAAGCCACUGACCCGCUACAUGCCUCAGAACAAGCAGUCAUUUCAGUACAAGAUGUGGAAAUUUGUGGUGUCCCCGCCCUUUGAGUAUUUUAUCAUGGUCAUGAUUGCACUCAAUACUAUUGUUCUCAUGAUGAAGUUCUAUGAUGCUCCAGAAGCAUAUGAAGAAAUGUUGAAAUGCCUGAAUAUUGUCUUUACAUCCAUGUUUUCAAUGGAGUGUGUGCUGAAGAUCAUUGCCUUUGGUGUGCUGAAUUAUUUCCGAGAUGCCUGGAAUGUCUUUGAUUUUGUAACAGUGUUGGGAAGUAUUACUGAUAUUUUAGUAACAGAGAUUGCGGACACGGACAACUUCAUCAACCUCAGCUUCCUGCGGCUCUUCAGGGCAGCAAGACUUAUCAAGCUCCUUCGCCAGGGUUACACUAUCCGCAUCUUGCUCUGGACGUUUGUGCAGUCAUUUAAGGCCUUGCCUUAUGUGUGUCUUCUCAUUGCAAUGCUCUUCUUCAUCUAUGCCAUUAUUGGCAUGCAGGUGUUUGGAAACAUUGCACUAAAUGACGAAACCUCCAUCAAUCGGCACAAUAAUUUCCGUACCUUCCUUCAAGCCUUGAUGCUUCUGUUCAGGAGUGCCACGGGGGAGGCCUGGCACGAGAUCAUGCUGUCAUGCCUGAGCAACAGGGCCUGCGACCCACUCUCCGGCCUCACCAAGAACGAGUGCGGCAGCGACUUCGCCUACUUCUACUUCGUGUCAUUCAUCUUCCUCUGCUCCUUCCUGAUGUUGAACCUAUUUGUGGCUGUAAUCAUGGACAACUUUGAAUACUUGACAAGAGACUCCUCCAUCCUUGGGCCCCAUCAUUUGGAUGAGUUUGUCCGUGUCUGGGCUGAAUACGACCCAGCUGCCUGUUGCCGGAUUCAUUAUAAGGAUAUGUACAAUUUGUUACGUGUAAUUGCUCCACCCCUGGGCUUAGGAAAGAAGUGCCCUCAUAGGGUGGCAUACAAGCGCCUGGUGCGGAUGAACAUGCCCAUCUCACCCGAGGAUCUGACAGUCCACUUCACCUCCACGCUGAUGGCCCUGAUCCGCACUGCUCUGGAAAUCAAGCUCGCCUCAGGGGGUGUUAAGCAGCACCAGUGUGAUGCUGAGCUGAGAAAGGAGAUAUCUCUAGUUUGGCCCAACCUGUCCCAGAAGACACUGGAUUUGCUGGUGCCUCCUCACAAACCUGAUGAGAUGACUGUGGGGAAGGUCUACGCAGCGCUCAUGAUAUUUGACUUCUACAAACAGAACAAGAACAGCAGGGAACAAGUCCACCAGCCUCCUGGGGGCCUGUGCCAGCCUGGACCAGUGUCACUCUUCCACCCCUUGAAGGCCACUUUGGAGCAAACCCAGCCCUCGGCAUUCAGCAGUGCGAAGGCAUUCCUGCGCCAGAAAAGCUCAGCCUCACUCAACAACGGAGGCACAUUGCCAGCCCCAGAGGGUGGGAUCAAAGAGUCCAGUUCGUGGGGGACCCAACGGACCCAGGACGUGUUUUAUGAAACCAGGACACCAGCUUUUGAACGAGGCCACUCAGAGGAAAUCCCCAUUGAACGGGUGGUGGAAAUGAGGGAAAUCAGCCCCACACUUGCCAAUGGAGAGCACCAACCAGGGCUGGAGAGCCAGGGUCGGGCGGCUUCCAUGCCGCGCCUGGCUGCUGAAACGCAGCCCAUCCCGGACACAAGCCCCAUGAAGCGCUCCAUCUCCACGCUGACCCCGCAGCGUCCUCACCCCAUGCACCUCUAUGAGUACUCCCUGGAGCGCGUGCCCACGGACCAGGUGCAUCACCACCACCACCACCGCUGCCACCGGCGGAAAGAGAAGAAGCAGAAGUCCUUGGACAGGACCACACAUCAGCUGGCCGAUGGGGAAGCUGUGGCCCAGUCUGGUGAAUCUUCUUCCAAGGACAAGAAGCAAGAGCGUGGACGGUCCCAAGAGAGGAAGCAGCACUCUUCCUCCUCCUCAGAAAAGCAGCGCUUCUACUCCUGUGAUCGCUAUGGCAGCCGGGACCGAUCCCAGCCCAAGUCUGCUGAUCAGAGCAGGCCUACUUCACCCAAUGGUGGGCCUGAGCAAGGUCCCCACAGACAGGGCAGUGGUUCGGUUAACGGGAGCCCCUUGCUGUCGACAUCUGGUGCUAGUACCCCCUGCCGGGGUCGGAGGCAGCUCCCGCAGACCCCCCUGACCCCACGCCCCAGCAUCACUUACAAGACCGCCAACUCCUCGCCCGUACACUUCAGCACGUCGCCGGGCGGCCUCCCGCCCUUCUCCCCGGGCCGCCUGAGCCGCGGGCUGUCUGAGCACAAUGCACUGCUGCGUGGGGACCAGCAGCCGCCCCCGGCCGCGGUUGCCCGCAUCGGCUCCGACCCUUACCUGGGCCACCGCGACGCCGCCGACAGCCCCAUAGGCGCAGCGCCCGAGGACACGCUCACCUUCGAGGAAGCCGUGGCCACCAACUCGGGGCGUUCCUCCAGGACUUCUUACGUCUCCUCCUUGACCUCCCAGUCUCACCAAGCACGCCGGGUGCCCAAUGGCUACCAUUACACGCUGGGGCUCAACACGGGGCCCGGCACUGGCACCAGGGGACGGAGCUACUACCACGAAGCCGACGAGGAUGACUGGUGCUAGCGGCACAGCCCAACCCUUGGAGGCACACGCGGGGAAAGUCGAUGAGUUUUAUCAUCUGGAAGGCUGUGCGCUCAGACACACAGUGCCGGGGGGUGGCCCCCGCUGCCAGAACUGCUCUGCCCCACUCCGAGACCUCCGGAGACACUUGUGCAGCCUCUCUCCUGCCCUCUUCUUUUUAUUUUUUCUUCUUCUUUUUCCACCAAAAUAUACCAAGGAAAAAGGCUCCCUCCCAGGGGGCAGCACACCUCUCCCCACCUCCCUGCUGCUUUCAAAGAUGUGCACCAGACGCCCAACCAUGAGGCCCGCAAGGAGCAACCCCUGUUGGCAGACAAGUAGACCAUCAAUGCUUUUUGGGAUUGGCGCUGUUUGAUGCCAAUUUGUUUGACCGGUUGAUUGGUCAACGAGUGGUUGGGCUACUACUUCAUUAUUUUUCUUUUCUCUCCCCACCCAUAUCUGGGCGGGAGUCAGGGUUGCAAAAGGGACACUGGCAAACAAAGCUCAAACCCGCAUUUUAUCUGUCUCAUUCCCCGCUAAGAGGAAAGAGAUCUACCUAAUGAACUGGGAGAGGAGAAAAAAACCCACAGAUCAGAACAAAGGACAGUCCAUUGGGACUUGAUGUUCAGCCACAGCGACCCUUCCCAGGAACUCGCUGCUUCACCCCGGACCUCUCACGUGCAUCACCACUUCGGGUCCUCCACGCCCACCAGAAAGCCACACGAGAGUUCCUUCCUAAGGACUGUUUCCUUGCUGCUGAGACUUUUCUUCCUGUCCCUGUCUCCUGUUGACUGCAACAUGCCCUCACUGUUUUGUCUUGUUUACAAUAUAAGCUUGAUUUAGCAAAAAAAAAGAAAAAAAAAAGAAAAAGAAAAAAAAAAAAGAAACAAAACCCACGAAAACUAAAAGCAAACAAAAAAAAACAGGAAAAGAGGAAAAAAGCGUAGGGUUGAGCAGAAGAAAUGUUAUUGGUUUUAUAUCAAGCUAUUAGAUAGAACUUUAACUUUUCAUUGUGUGCAUUUUUGUAAAUUGUACAGUAAAAAAAAAAAAGAAAAAAGAAAAAAAGGAAAAAAAAAUACUCUUUAUGUAGAGAAUUAGUCCAAUUGUCAUUCCAGGUCCCACCGUUUCUACCGAAUGCUCCAGUUGUUCACUACUAAGUGCCUAACCUUUGAAAUCUUUCACGGCAGCGACGACGCAAACUCUUGCUUCGAUGCAUCGGACGUGGGGGUAGCGGGGCCUGGGGCAGUGCCUGCAGGAGCCAGGGAUGGAGUUCCCAUGGCGAGCACAUUGCCUGGGCUGGGUUGGAAGAUGAUAGCGGGGAAGGCAAACAUGGUUUGGGGUUGGUUUGGUGUUUUUUUGUUGGUUUUGGGUUUGGUUUGUUUGGUUUUUUUCUGGUUUUUUUUUUUUUUUUGGCCUUCUUUUUUAUUAUUAUUAUUAUUUUUAAUAUAACUUAAUUGUUGAGAGCGGGAAGGGUGUAACUGCAGCAGCUGAAACUGGCCUUGUCUCAUUGUCUGGUGUUGUCUCGUUGACCGAUGUUUAGGUCCUGUGGGAGAGCUGCAGUGAUGCUCCCAGAGGAGCAGCGCCUUUCCCAUUGCAUGUCUAGAGUUGUAGUUGGGCUGCGAGAGCCGUGGCCAUGUCCCGUGGUGCGUCGUUUGUGAUGGGGGCAGAUGGAGAGAGUCUUGUUUUUAAUUGCCUGUUAAGAAGAAAACGAAACAAAAAUAUCAAAACCUCUAACUCUGAUUCUCAGGGAUGAGAUUUCUGUGUUCUUGCAAUGACUUUUACGUUGGACGACUUUUUAUUUCGUGCACGUGUGGAUUUCUGCACUUUGAGCCUGGGAAGGAGGCACAGAUGACAUGGCAAUGGGGAGAAAGCACCAAAAGAAGCGCCUGGGCAGGACCUGGUGUCCAUGGCUUUGGAGAACCUCAGGAGGGCUAAUUUGGUGCACGGGAGGCCAGAAGCCAAGCAGUUCCUGGGCAGAAGGUUAAAGCAGGAGGGGUGGGAGGUGCCCGUAGAGCACGUUGCUAAAAGUAACGAUAGGAAAUGGUUGGACAGUUGAAUUAUUUCAGAGGAUCAACCGAGCCCCAGAACUGUGGAACUUCUCAAGGCAAAGCUUGAACCGGGUGAUCCCGGCGGACCUGCUGAUAGGUUUGGACACGAGGGUGGUUUUAGCGUGUCGGAGGCUACCAAAACACUCAGGAGGUCUCUGAUGCUCCCAGCAAGGUCCUUCUGGGGAUUUGUGCUGGGAGCAUCCUGCUGUAGGAUGGUUCUUCACAUCUCCUGUAGCUUUUCUGUUGGAGAAAUUCAACCUGUCGCGUUCCGUUGCGUGUUUUUUGUUCCGUUACUGAAUAAUAAUCUCUGGCCGAUCUCAUCCCUGGAUUCUGCUAAAGGAUAACUCCUGUCUCUGUCUCUGUAUUUAUGUGCACUUUGAAUAAAGGAAGUGCGGUAGCCAGA